GAUAUCUACAGUCUAUUGAAUGAGCCACUAGGAGAUAUGUCUACACACAAAAAAAAUCUUGAGUAUGAACUCAUGAAAGCCAAGGCACCAGGCAUUUUGUCUGAGAUGGCACACAUGCUUGUCACAUGGCGGAAAAUGGGCUUCCACGUACCACGAGGAGUCAAGAACGUCUUUGAGUUUACAUGGGAAGAACUCUUGGCGUCAUUGCCCAGGAAAUCUUUCAGUGGUAUAUAUUGUCCCGUUGUCAAAUUCUCCCCGCAUGAAGACUUUUCUGUUCCCACCACCGCUGCUUCAAAAAUUCACAAGCCUGGUGUCACAAUAUCAGGGAUAAAGCCAACCUACGUGACCCCAUCAGUUGAUAGUCAACAACAGAUGCUCCUCAAGUUCCAGCAACGGUCUGUACAUCUGCUGUCUGAACUCCUGAAGAUGAAGAUGAAGAUAAUGAUCAAUGCAGUAGCUGGCCCUAGUGCAGAAGAGAUUGCAAGGCGGCUUCUAGAAGGGGGUCACCAGCUAAACCCAAAAAAUCAGGAAGAGGCAUUUGACUUCAUGACCAAAGAUCCCAAGAAGAAGGGUGGGCGGACUGCAGUACCAAUGGUGCCGGCAAUUCCUAUUAACUCGACCACUUUGCUGAUCCAACAAGUAUCCUAUUCCUGUCUGUGUUUCUCAUUGGCGCUGAAAGACAGCAAGCAGAGCAAGGGAGUGGGCGAAAAUCCUCUUUUGGUGCUUGACCGCUCUGCUCGUCAAGGUGCAGGAAAACGCAGAGCUAGUCAAGAUGCAGUCCAUUAUGAUGAAAGACUUGACCCCUGUCCAGAAGCCAGGGAAAAGCUCCGAGAAAUUUGCCAACGUAUAGAGGAGGAGAAGGCUUUCUACAAAGCAAAAGGCUAUACAAGGCCCUUAACACUGAGACACUACCCGGUCAUCAUCAAAACGCCAUCUGCAGCCAUGAAAAGAGGGGCAUCAUCAUCAUCCGCAACUUUCCAUGAACCUAAACCACACAAAAAGUCGAAGAAGUUCCACUAUGCCUUUCCUGACGGGACAUCAUUUAUCUUUUAUCCAUCGGGAAAUAUUGCGAUAUACCAAUUUCCUGUAUGCUGCAUAGGAAAAACAAUCACCCUUCUGUACCAUGAUGCUCGGAGUUCAGCUCUUCUAGGUACAUUUAUAUCGUAUGGCCAGUCAUGUGUACACUACUCUUUUAAAACCAGGUGCUCAUUAGCGCUCUUGAUGACUCAAGAUGGAGGAACAGUUAGAGACCAGUUUGGAAUUUUGACCCACCAAUGGAGCUGGUAUUCAAAACAACAAAUUCUGCAGUCACUAGAAUUUCAGAUAAAUGAACAGGUAAAACUAAAGGUUCUUAGUCUACAGUCCAUGACUCUGAGUUUUACUUCUCACAAUGAAACCAUCACUGUCUCUGUGUCAAGCACUACAUGUCCACAUGAAUCCAAGACUGAAAAACGGACCAUUGCAAAGGCCAGUGAAACUGAGGAUGAAGGUCAGUGGACUAGAAUCAUAGCUGACAGUAAGAGGAGGUUUGAGAGAAUUGUGAAACAGUUUGCCAAUGCUAUUUUGCUGACUGCAGGUAUAUGUUGUGUUGAUUACCCACUUGGAGAAAGUUCAAAGCAAGUGAGGUUUAAGACAAGGGAGCCUUCACCUCAGGCCUGGGAGCGAAAGUUCCGAGAAGAAACUAUUGCUCUUCCAGAAGCAGAAAUGAAGCCAAGGCCCAAAAUUCCCAUGAGGCGGAGCACUGUCUAUCACCGAACCCUCAAAGAAAAAAUAAAGACCUCCUCACAAGACAAAGCAGAAGCAGGUGGUGAAACACAACUUCAAAGUCCCUGGGCAACUUCUCCUGCAGACUGUCCAAUAGUGCUGCGCAAAAUAAUGGCCAAAGAAGAAGAUAUUGUAGGUUGCAAGUGUGUUGUGAAAAUCCCAUCAAUCACAGACUUGGAAUUUGAAAAGUUUGUCGCUGCCCCGAGAGAUCGUCAUCAGAUCCUUGUGAUAUGCGUGCUGUCAUCCAAAACCCAGUCCUAUUCUCCAUUCUUUGAGUGGUCUUUAGAAAAGAUAUAUAUAGAGAUGCAGCAUGGUCGAGCCUCCCCUUGCAUUCAGUGCAAGCACGAUCCCUUCCGUUUCCUGAAAUAUGACCUAGACAGCCCGGUGAACAAGAAGCCUCCUCUUCUCAUCCAGAAGCAUGGUGUCAUUCCAGGAAUGGUGGUGAUGUACUCUGGAGGGAAGCCAGUCUUUGGAGGCUGUGUUUUCAAUGGAUACAGCUACAGCAAGAAGGACUUUUUGAAGCAAGUCCGCCAAGCUCGCCUAGACUGCAAGAUGGGCCACUUCCUGCCUCAGAGUUUCAAAUUUAGCUCUCCAAGUGUAUUGUGUGAGGGUACCCGCAAAGUGCAGUCUACACUCUCCAAACCAGGUCUUGAAAGUUGUGCAGCAGAGAGUUCCGUUGCUGAAAAUAAGAAGGAGCCUUCUGUCCUCGCUACACAGAGCAGUUCCAGUGUUGAUAGUAAGAAGGCAUCUUCUGUUCCUGUUACACAGAGCAGGGUCAGGGGGUCUCUGGGAGAUGAAGAACUUUUGGUGGAUGCAACAAAAGUGGAGGAAGAGAAGCCAAAGCGUGCUACCAGUGGGAGAAAGAAAACUAAGAAAUAG